ACCUGCUCCGGCCUCGGCACUAUGGCUGCCCGCGUGCUCCAGCGCGCCGUGCUCUGCCAGAGGAGGGCUCUCGGCGCGGGCCCAGGUAGAAGAUCUCUUCUUUCUGCGGCCUAUGUGGAUAGCUCAAAAUGGGAAAAGAGACAAAAAGAGGAGCAUAACCUGGCUGACUUGGCUCACUUAAUGGACAGAACCUACGAAAGAAAGCUGCCUGUCAGUUCUUUGACAAUAGCCCGGUUUGUUGACAACAUUUCUUCACGAGAAGAAGUGGAUCAAGCUGAAUACUACCUUUACAAGUUUCGUCAUAGUCCAAAUUGCUGGUACUUGAGAGACUGGACCAUCCACAGCUGGAUCAGACAGUGUUUGAAAUAUGGUGCUCAAGACAAAGCCUUAUACACAUUAAAAAACAAGGUUCAGUAUGGAAUUUUUCCAGAUAAUUUUACAUUCAAUAUUUUGUUGGAUUGUUUUAUAAAGCAGAAGAAAUAUGAAGAUGCUAUGUCAGUAGUAACAGAGAUCAUGCUCCAAGAAAGUUUUGAUGAAUUAUCAACACAGCUUCUUUCCCUGUAUGUUUUAUACCAGUAUCUGGCAACCAAGUCUGAUCAUGCGUGGGAAGAGGAGAGAAAUCUUGGAGCAUCGCUAGUGCUUGCGGGUCUAAAGCAAAAUAGCACUGUGGGUUUUAGCUCCCAGCUGUAUGGCUAUGCAUUCCUUGGAAAAGUGGAGUUGAAUAAGGGACUAAGAGCUGUAUACAAUCUAAUGCCACUGAUGUGGACACCUGGGUAUUUGAAUAGAGCCUUGCAAGUGAUGGAGAAUGUGGCUUCAUUGUCAGGAGACAGCAAAAUCUGCAAAGAAGCUAUUGAUGCCCUGGAGACCAUUUUGCAGUCUGUCCUUGAAGCCAAACCUGAUCCAGCAUCUGCUGAAGAAGUCAAGGGAUUAGAGCAGAAAUCACAGUGUGCAGAAUCAGAAGAAACAGAGCAAUCUAAAGCACUUGAGUACUACAGUCGAUUCAAAUUCCCAGAGCAGUACUCAUCUCAUAGCCCAUGGUUUCCCUUGCUGCUGUCACCUGGAUGGCUGUGACUUUGCACAGUUGUUCUGGAUGCAGACUGUUCUGAAGAAAUUUCAGAAGUUAAAAGACAAGUAUCCUGUGGUUUCAGCUCGCACAAACACACUUUUCCUUUCUUUAAUUUUUAUUUGCACAACUUAACCACUAAUCUUUAGAUAUUAAACUUGCUUUGUAGGCAGUUAGAACUUUUUAAUUAAAGUGUUUGGGAAUCAGUGGGUGCUCAGCAUGUGGUAAUUAUUGCCUCGAUGAAUUACAGUGAAUUAGGUAAACACAAGUGCCCUUUGAAAGAGGGAAUGAGACAUUUUUAUGUGUCUCUCAUUGUCUAUCCAUUGUCUAGCCUUGCAGAAAAUAAUGCAGAGUGCUUGAAACAAGGCCUAAAUAUCAAAUCAGGAACAGGCUAGUGUCAAGAGGGUAGUUUUCUUCUCACCUUAACCUUUCCACAAGUUCCAUAAUUAAUCCCCUUUCAGACAUUCCCUGGUGUGGCAGCAAGUGCCCUGACUUUGAGCCGAAAAACUACAGACCCAAUGCUUAACUCCUAAGAUCUCACCAAGGAAAGUCUGCAUAUGAGCAAGACAUAGCCCUCAUGUGGACUCUAGGCAUCCAACAGUAAUUAUAUGUCAAUAAGCCACAAUUUCAGGUUGUCUGAAUAAGAAAAGGGGCUCUCAACUCAGAAUGCCAUUUCAGCCAAGCCUGAAAGAGUUCUCAGACUCUCCUCUCAAAUCUGUUAGGACAGCAGUAGUCACUCUUCCCAGCUUAAUCCUGGACACUGAGAGGUGUCGUUCACAGGGCAGAGUGGUGCACUAGAAAGCCAUGCAAGUGUGAGGGAAGGUGGCAGCUCUGAACCAGCCUUCUGCUGUGUGCAUUCACAGCUGCUGUCCCAGUGCAGAUCACCUGCUCUUCUGUGUAACCCCAGCAAAGGGUUUGCACUUCUGCUGCUGAAAACGAUUCGGUUGUACUUUGUCCAACCCUGCAUUAGCCAGCACAUCCCAGUCUUUCUCCUUGGCCUCAAAACCAAUUACUUCUGCCUCCUGCACGCCCAGUUCUCUUUCACAAAUCAUACAUCUCAGAAUACAAGGAAAAGCAUAUGGAUUUGCUCCAGACAUACGCAUACUCCUCCAUUAUGUUCUAUGGAAUGGACUUACUGUCUCAUUCCGACCUUCAGAACAGCUAUUUGUGGAAGUACCUGAAAAAGCCAUGGCAGCCUAACAGAUACACGUCCUUCACUUCCACUAAAACAAACAGAACUUGAGGACAUUUGGCUCUUUCCAGAUAAAGCCUUUAGAGCUGUAAUCUAGACACUGUGUUGU